CUUGGAUUGGCCCGAUAAAAUUUUUGAGUUUUUCCCCUCGUAUGGAAACACAACUGUGAUCGAUCGGUGCGAGAAAUCACAUCUUGUCCCUCAAUGUAUUGACCGCAUUGCUACAACACGCGUCCCGGAAGCAACGAGGCAAUACCGCUGGAUAUGAAUAGAACAUCCGAUCCUCAAGCUUACUUGUAAUCACUGCAUGCUGCUCGGUAUGCUGUGGCAUAGCGGCCUCACAGAGAAUUAAAUCGGUUUAGUGUAUACACUUUGGAUUAUUUGAACAGGAACUUUCAGCCGAGGGCCAUUUUCUACAGUGAAUAAUUUUGUGACAAUAAUCUAAGCCGUACAACAACAACGUGAUGUCCUGGUAGUGUGGAGACUUGACACAACACUGGAUCGAAACUAACCCCAUAUCUCUGCGGUUAACAGAAAGGGCUCUGCACCCAGGAGAAUAUCGAAGGUAGGCCUAUUGGUUGUCCUCCCAGGUUAUCAUGAUGAAGUCAAAGACAGUGUACCUGAAGCUACUGGUGGCCGCCUUGGCUGGCAUGUCGAUUGGGUUACUAUUGUUCCAGUAUGGAGGCCACACCAUGCGACGGAAAUCAAAUAACGAUUUAUACGUACUCAUCAACAAUCGGAACACUUCGAUUGUAACGAAAAGUCCUCAUGUGAAACAUGUGGCUGCAAGCGCUGGCGGAAUGGUGGACUCGGUAACGGUGUGGGAAACUGGAAGCGGUAGUUUUAGAGAAACUACGCUCGGGGAGACGAGAAAAGAGGCAAUAAGGAAAACGCAGAAACCUUUAGCGAAGGCUGUUGCUCCAAAACCUAUUCCCAGCCAGUCUUCAAAAGUACCCCCAGCUCCUUACGUAGAUAGCGUAGUCCCUAAGAUCGUCCAUUUCACGUGGUACAGUGAUCCCACGAAAAAAAACACUUUCCGAUUCCAUCAUUUCAUCAGCAUGUUGAGUGCUUACAAACACAUCCAACCAACCAAGGUGAUGUUUUGGCAUGAGAGGGUCCCGGUGGGAGAAUGGUGGAGACAAAUCAAGGAAAAGGUCCCAGUGAUUGAGAUGAAAUACCGAAAGGGACCAACUGAAAUCUUCGGAAAACCUAUCAAGGUGGCAGAACACAAGUCUGAUAUCGUGCGCUUGGAGGCCGUCAUGAACUAUGGCGGGAUUUACACCGAUCUUGACGUCAUCGUGUUGAAAUCAUUCGAUCCUUUGCUUAAAUAUAACACCACUAUGGGCUACGAAACGGGAGCCGGUGCGGCCAAUGGUUUAUGCAAUGGUAUCAUUAUAUCACGUCCCCAUGCUAAGUUUUUAGAAAUCUGGCACAACGAGUAUAGGAGUUUUAAGGAUUGGGAAUGGGCGAUUCAUUCCGUGAUUCUACCUGCGCAAUUGGCCACGAAAUAUCCAUCCUUGAUCCAUACCGAGGCUAAGACACUCCAUCGGCCGAAUUGGAGGGAAAUAAAAUGGCUGUACAACAAUGGCACUAUUUAUGAUUGGAGCCAGAACUAUGCCGUCCAUCUUUGGUACCGAUUUCAUAAUGUUGAUCACAACCCGGAAGACAUAAAGGCAAUCAACACAACUAUGGGAGAAAUGUUUCGAUAUAUCUAUUAUGGAAAGAAAGAUUUGAUCGUAUAGCCUUCGUAUAGCCUUCUAUCUUGAAGCCGAACUACUAGCGGCAUGUCCAGCUUGAAUAUUUUUCUCUUAUUUGUGUA